UGCCGGAAUUUUAAAAGAAACUGACGGCUCUUGAUUGCUGUUUCUGGAAAUGAGCCAUAUAACGAAAGAAGAUGGUAAACGCGUUAACCCCCGGUUCAUGUUCUAGAAAUUGUAUUUUGAUUUUUUUUGCUGUCAGUUGUGUCGGUGUGUUGGUUUUCAUCUCCGUAAGGGAUUAAAAUGCGUGCUAUUCACCGACCGGUAUUUAUAUCUCGGUUCUUUUCUUCAGUUGCCAAAAGUAUGGAAAAGCACGGCGUUGUCCCCGACGUUAUUGACGUAGCACCAGACCAAAUUGCUGAGGUAAAAUUUCCAAGCGGCGCCAAGGUAGAACUGGGCAAUGAAUUAACACCGACACAAGUUAAAGAUGAACCAUCAAUCCAGUGGCAAGCUGAUAAAAGUGCAUUUUACACUAUAGUUAAAACAGAUCCUGAUGCUCCAAGCCGUAAAGAACCAAUAUAUCGUGAAUGGCAUCAUUGGUUGGUCGGUAAUGUCCCUGGCAAUGAUAUAUCCAAAGGUGAAGUUUUGUCUGCUUAUGUUGGAGCCGGUCCACCACAGGGAACAGGAUUACAUAGAUAUGUGUUCUUAGUGUAUAAGCAAACAGGACAACUAACUUUUAAUGAGCCUCGUUUAACUAAUAAGUCAGGAGAGAAAAGAGGGUGCUUUUCUAUCAGGAAAUUUUCUGAGAAGUAUAAUCUGGGUCAACCGAUCGCUGGGAAUUUAUACCAAGCCCAAUGGGAUGAUUAUGUUCCGAUUCUGUACAAACAAUUGGGAGAGUAGUUUUGAAUUAAGCUCGUUACAUAUUCUCUAGAAUUAUAUUUUAAACUCAUAUUAUUGUUAUUGGAAUGAAAUAAAACUGGCCCUUCUUUGAGUUUUC